GCUUUUCUCACAUCCUCGGUCUACCAGGGCGCUCCCGGUGGUUCCGUCCCGGUGGUUCCGCCCAUGGCGGCGCCUUGAUGGCAGAGCAGCCAGCACCGGAGGUUCAGAGCGUGGUCCACACGGAGGAAGCACCUGCGACGUACGGCGUGGCCCGGAGUGGUGCGGAAGCACCUGCACCGCCCAGGUCCCGCUCGAGGCGGCGGGAUGGCUGUCGCCGUGGCCACCGCGGCCCCGGCGCCCCCGGCGCCCACGCGCGGGGCUAUUGGCUUCCUCGCUCGCAGCGUGCGAGGCCCACGCACUUCGUGGCGAUCCAGUUGAAGUCGCGGGAGAUCCAGCGCUGCGUGGAGCAGUUGCAGCAGUGGUUCGUGGCACAAAACAAGCUCUUCGAGCGGUGCCUGGUGCCCAUCCGUCGGAUGCACACCGCGCUGCUGCUCACCUCAUUUGAGGACAGCCGACUCCAUGAAGCCCGACAGGCCUACGCCGAGGCGGCCAAGAGCAUUCGCGAGUUCCUAGGUGGAGAAGCGCUUCAACUGAAAGUCGAGGGCGUUGGCUGCUUCGGCGGGCGCGUUGUCUUCGCGCGCGUGCGCACCGAACCUCCGGAGCUCCUCGAGGCCAUGCACCAUUUACUUUCCAGGACCUUCCUUCGCCACGGCUUUCCCGUCCUGGAUGACACGGGGCAGGCAUGGUUGAGGCCGGGCGAGGAGCCGCGGCAGUUUCGUGGGCACUCCAGCUUUCUCAAGGUGAGCAAAGCCAUUUCGCAUUCACGCUCCAAAGAGGAGCGAGAGUCCUUCAAGGCGCUGCACGUCUCCGACGAGGACUUGGCACCCUUUCGCAGCACCCAUCUGGGAUCUCAACUGUGCUCUGACAUCGAGCUCCUUGCUAUGUUAGGAUCCGCGCAGGAUGGCUACUACCCGCGUUUGCGAGUGGAGAAGCUUCCAGGGGAGGUGCUGCCGGAGAUGGAGGUGGUUGGAGAUGAUGAUCCGAGGGCGGCUCUGGAAUCAGCUUGGUCUGGCGAGCCCCAGGACUCCAUGUCUCCGGAGGACUCGCCGCCGGAGGAGAGCAGACAGGCCUCCCCAGCUACUUCUCGGACGGCCAGGCGAAACACCACCUUGGCUCUGGAGGUGUGGCAAGUCGUUGCACAAGUGCAGGUCUUGACCAUUGAGGAUCUCCUCAUGCUGGCGGCGGUGGCGCAGGAUGGGCUGCAGGUGGUCCAAGCAGUGGUGUGCAAGGUGAAGGUGAUGCUCUUUUCCGAAGCCGGUCGUUCCUCUCUUUGUUUCGAAGGCAGCUGUCUUGACUGGGACCGCGUGCGGACGGUGCCCAGCGCCAAAGCCUUGCAGAUCCGUGACGUGGAGGAGUUCCUCGCACAACCGGCGAGCGAGCAGCUGGCAGCGGACGUGGGCUUCGUGGAGAACUCUCAACAACUGAUCUUCGGCAAGACCUUGGAAGGCCUUCAGUCCGGCCUGCGCGAGGCGCUGCCCUUCGCCUUCGGGAAGGUGGAGAUCCACGUGGGGGCGGUUCGGAACAUCAGCAUUCCGAUCCCCGCGGUGCUCGAGACCAUCUGCGCUGCGCAGCCGGAGAUCAUCGGCCUCGAGGGCUUGGGCUUGGGAGACCUGCCCAGCUGGGUUCAGAGUCUUCAGAAGCUGAACUCAGCGCGAGUCUUGGUGCACGCAUGGACGAACCGAGACGUCGACUCGGCCACCCACUUCCAGCCGCUGCUGGAGGCACUGAGCUCGAGCUCCGAGCUGAAAGGUCUGGAUUUCCAAAACCUCGCCUGCACGUUCCACGACUUCCCGGCUGAGCGGCUUCCUCGAGGCUGCAUCGCCUUUGGCACCAUUGUGUUGCAAAAGGAUAUGAAGGGCCUCAGCGCGCGUGGCAGCAUGGACUUCCAUGACUUCGUGGGGCUUUUCCCGCGCUUUCCACCGCAGGUCUCUAUCGUGCGAGCCUCUCUGGGAACCAAAGGGCAUUGGAGCGUCUCGGCGCAGGCGAUGGCGGAGGUCUUUCGUGCGAAGUUCCCGGGGCUCCAGGUCUUACAGCUGGAGCUCUCGCUGCAACAUUCGAAGGACAGCAAUGAUGUGCCCUUCAUCGAUUUGUCCCGAGCGCUCAUUCAAUUGGGCGUCAAGGUGGAGGUCACGAAGAUCCGUUGCCGCGCGGCGCAGUACGAGUUCCUCCGCGCCGCCAUGAAGUACGGAGGCGCCCUUGUGAACGAAGAGGAAGAUGAGGGCGACGAGACCGUCUAUCCCUUCUCGCACCCCAGGUUCGAUUGGAGCAAGGUUGUGAGCCCCGGGUGAGGGUGGAUGGCAGCGCCGAGCGGAAAUGAAGGCCCGAACGGCUGUAGACGUCGAAGCCAAGGUGGAACCCGGGUGAGUUGAGAAAGACGAAAGGAGUGAACAUCCUGA